AUGUCUACUACAGAAUUUGAAAAGGUUCCUUACGAAUCUUCUUUAGAGAAGCAUAUCUCCGAAAGAGAAAGUAGUUCUCCACAAGAUUCUCAAUUAGUUGAGGAAAUUGAUGAAAAGGCUCUUAAAUUCUCUGAUAACAGAGACGAAGAUGAAGGUAGAACUCCAACAGAAAUUGAAAUGAGCAUUUUAAGACAUGUCUCUGAAGAAAUUCCUUUAAGAUGUUGGUUGGUUGCUAUUGUUGAAUUAGCUGAAAGAUUCUCUUAUUAUGGUUUAUCUGCUCCAUUCCAAAACUAUAUGCAAAAUUCCCCACAAGAUUCUCCAAAGGGGGUUUUAGCAUUAAAUCAACAAGGUGCCACUGCUUUAUCUUAUUUCUUCCAAUUUUGGUGUUAUGUUACUCCAAUCUUUGGUGGUUGGUUAGCUGAUACUUACUGGGGUAAGUAUAAGACUAUUUUUGUCUUUUGUAUUGUCUAUAUUGUUGGUAUCUUUAUCUUGUUCAUUACUUCCCUCCCAUCAAUCACUGAUAGAACCACAGCAUUAGGUGGUUACGUAGCUGCUAUUAUAAUCAUUGGUUUAGCUACUGGUGGUGUUAAAUCAAAUGUUUCACCUUUAAUUGCUGAUCAAAUUCCUAAAACCAAACCAAUUAUUAGAGUUUUGAAAUCAGGAGAAAAGGUUGUUCAAGAUCCAAAUAUCACUAUUCAAAAUGUUUUUAUGUUCUUCUAUCUUAUGAUUAAUAUUGGUUCAUUAUCUGUUAUUGCUACUACUCAAUUAGAAGCUCAUGUCGGUUUUUGGGCUGCUUACUUAUUACCAUUCUGUUUCUUCUUUAUUGCUGUUCUUGCAUUAAUUCUUGGUAGAAACCAAUAUGUUAAGGUUCCUGUCGGUGACAAGAUUGUUAACAAAACUUUCAAGUGUGCUCUUGUAGGUGUUAAAAACGGAUUCAACUUGGAUGCUGCCAAACCUUCUCUUCACCCAGAAAAAGAAUUUCCAUGGAAUGAUCACUUCGUUGAAGAAGUUAGAAGAUCUGUUUACGCUUGUAAGGUUUUUGUUUAUUAUCCAAUUUAUUGGGUUGUUUAUGGUCAAAUGUUAAACAAUUUCGUCUCCCAAGCUGGUCAAAUGGAAUUACAUGGUUUACCAAACGAUAUUUUACAAGCUAUUGAUUCUAUUGCUAUUAUUAUUUUUAUCCCAAUUUGUGAAAGAAUUAUCUAUCCAUUUAUUAGAAGAUUCACACCAUUCAGAGCUAUUACUAAAAUUUUCUGGGGUUUCAUGUUUGGUUCUGGUGCUAUGGUUUACGCAGCUGUCUUACAACAUUAUAUUUACAGUGCUGGACCAUGUUAUGACCAUCCAAAAGCUUGUGCUCCUCAAUAUCAAAACGUUCCAAACCAUGUUCACGUUGCUAUUCAAGCUCCAGCUUAUUUCUUAAUUGCUAUUUCUGAAAUUUUGGCUUCUAUCACUGGUUUAGAAUAUGCUUAUACUAAAGCUCCAGUAGCCAUGAAAUCUUUUAUUAUGUCAAUGUUUUUGCUUACAAAUGCUUUCGGUUCAGCUAUUGGUAUUGCCUUAUCUUCAACUUCCGAAGAUCCAAAAUUAGUCUGGACAUAUACUGGUUUAGCUGUCGCUUGUUUUAUUGCUGGUAUUCUCUUCUGGCUCUGUUUCAACCAUUACAAUGCCAAGGAAGAUGAAUUAAACAAAUUAGAAUUUGACGAAGCAAACACGGAAGAAGACGAUUUAGUCCCAGUGACUACUUUACCUCAUUCUUUCAGAAGUCUUGCUUAG